GCCUUGUGUUGUGUCUGAAGUCGGUUCUAUCUGUAUUUCUAAUCUCUAGUCUUAUUUAUUCUUCACCAGCAUGAAUGAUAUUUACAGAUUAAGUCGCAGGAUGUUGUCUGGGAUAUUUCAAAUGCAUGGUCGUUUCUGUGCUGCCCAUCCAUGGGAGGUAAUAGUUGGAACACUGACUGUCACUAUCUGUAUGAUGUCAAUGAAUAUGUUUACUGGCAAUGAUAAGAUAUGUGGAUGGAAUUAUGAUUGCUCUCAAAAUGAGGAUAUAAUGAGUUCUGAUAUCAUAAUAAUGACAAUCACACGAUGCUUGGCUGUAUUCUAUAUUUAUUUGCAAUUUCAAAAUUUACGUAGAAUUGGAUCAAAAUAUAUCUUGGGUAUUGCAGGGCUAUUUACUAUGUUUUCAAGCUUUGUGUUCAGCACUGCAGUAGUGAAUUUUAUGGACAAGGAAGUCACAGGAUUACAUGAGGCAAUGCCAUUCUUUCUACUUCUGAUUGACCUCUCUAAGGCCAGUGCUUUGGCUAAAUUUGCAUUGAGUGCAUCAUCACAGAAAGAAGUACGAGAAAACAUUGCCAGUGGCAUGGCUAUACUUGGUCCUGUUAUAACCUUGGAUGCUGUUGUUGAAUCGUUAGUUAUUGGUGUUGGAACGCUAUCAGGUGUUAAACAACUUGAAGUCAUGUGUUGUUUUGGUUGUCUUUCCGUUGUUGCCAACUAUUUAGUAUUCAUGACAUUCUUUCCUGCCUGCCUGUCGUUGGUAUUAGAGCUUACAGAGGAAAUGAAAGAAGGCCGACCAGUGUGGCAACUCAGUCAGUUUGCUAAGGUUUUAGAAGAAGAAGAAGACAAGAAGCCAAACCCAGUUGUACAGCGUGUUAAAAUCAUUAUGUCUGCAGGAUUGGUAUUGGUGCAUGCACACAGUAGAUGGAUUGCCACAUCAUCUGAUCCAUCAAUGCAUAAUAAUCAACCACUGUUUGAUAUGAAUGAUAAUAAAAGAAUUCAACCAGAUAUUCCAUUAUGGCAGUUUUAUAUCACCAGGGCAUUCACAAUGAACAUAGAACAAAUAGUUACCCUUACAUUGGCUCUUUUGUUGUCAGUUAAAUAUAUAUUCCUAGACAAGGGUGAGGCUAAACGAACUGUUGUCAUGACAACACCUGUAAAAUGUCUUGACAAUGAAACCAAAUCAGGAGACAAUGUUAUUUCAGGAAAGUUACAUGUGGAUAAAAAUGAUGUUAGUCAUACAUUGGAAAAUUCAUGUCAAGAUGGAAAUGAUAUAAACCCUGAAUUAAACUCACUUAGCCAUCAGAAAGUAGAAACCUUUACAAUGUCUGCAUUACAGAUGAGUGGUGGCCUUAGAAGUAGUUUAUUAGCUGACGGUAUGACCAGAGCACCAGUGGUUCGUUUACCCAGUGCACAGCUAGCAAGUGAAGUGAAAAAAUGGCUAGAAGACCAUGAUAACUUUGAACUUGUUGGAGAGAGUUUCAACUCCACCAGUAGAUUUGCCCGUCUUCAAAGGCUGCAGAUUGCUGUUGCUGGUAGAUUAGUUUAUAUUCGUUUCCAAGCUAUAACUGGUGAUGCCAUGGGUAUGAAUAUGGUUUCAAAGGCAGUUGAGAAGUCUUUACUUUUAUUAAAAGAUCAUUUUCCAGAGUUGGAGGUUCUCAGUUUAAGUGGCAACUAUUGUACGGAUAAAAAAUCAGCAGCUAUGAAUUGGAUAGAAGGGCGUGGCAAGUCUGUUGUGUGUGAGGCAACUAUUCCCGCUCAUGUUGUUGAAAAGGUUCUUAAAACGUCAGCUAAUGCCUUGGUUGAUCUGAAUAUUAGUAAAAAUUUAGUUGGUUCUUCUAUGGCUGGAAGUAUUGGAGGAUUCAAUGCACAUGCAGCGAAUAUUGUCGCAGCUAUUUACAUUGCCACUGGACAGGAUGCUGCACAAGUUAUUUCAAGUUCUAGUUGUAUAACAUUAAUGGAGACCACAGGCCCAAUGCAAAAUGAUUUAUAUAUAACCUGUACAAUGCCAUCAGUGGAGGUCGGUACUGUCGGUGGCGGUACAAUUCUCCAACCUCAGUCUGCUUGUCUAGAUGUAAGUUAUUAUCAAAAUUCUAGAAAGUGCCUGGAUUUACCUACUUUU